AAGACGGUCGCUCCUGCAGCAGCACACACACAGACACACACUCACACACAGCUGGAUGUGGAUUCUCCAUCUUAUUCCAUAAAUCUGAAGGCCAUUCUGCUGGAGAGUCAGCCAGACCCGCCUCAGGGAGCAGGAGAAUGGAGAGCAACAUGUGACCGAUCCGUUUCGCCACUGUCGACAGCAUGCUUCGCCUCCUCCGGACCUUGGGUUUCUGCUUCUGGUGUUUCCUGUUGCUUCACAGGCAGACUGUGGCUGACGAGGAGGCCCUCUGGGGACCGACGCCGUCAAGAGAAAAGCCACCUGAGGAUACACAAGGCUGGUGGAAACCAAAACUACCGAAGCUUCCUUCCCUCUCCUCAUUAUCGUUUGGCUUUUUUGGCGGCUCAGCUGGAAUAGACACUUUGUUGACCACAACCGCCAAAGGUCUGACAGAAUCAAUUGACCUCUUGCAAGAGCAUCCUGGUUCAGGGGAUUGGAGCAUCUCUGAAUCUUCUGAAUCACCCACCGCUUCAGCUCAGGAGUUCCUCACCAGCGUGACAGAGAUAAGAACAGAAUCACUUCCCACAGGAACAUCAGAUUCUCCACACAGCACCACAACGCAGACUAACAAUGAUACUCUUGUCUCAGACUCCUACUCUCCCACGAGCAGUUCUAUCAGAAACACUGUGUUCACCAACAGUCCCACCAGCACAAGCAGCCCUGAACAAAAUGCAACACAUUCCCACCCACCACAGAACAGCACACAAGCAGCCGGGCCCAGCAAGGGUGCCACUACACGACACCUCCCAGAGGAACACACUGAUAAAGAGGAGGCUCAAGGCUUUGCAGGAAAGAUCUCUUUGACUUCGAUAGCCCCAGAAACAACAGUUCCCACUGCCUUGACAUGGUCAGCAGCCCAAACCACAACAACAAUCCCAGGACUUGUUGAAACCACACGGCCCAGACACACUCUGAGGCCUGUUACUACUGCCCCUACUUCCUCAGACACCAUAUUUGUCAGAAAACCUCAAGAAACUGCUGUUGUCAUAACCCUCCGAGCUGAAGAGGCCACAAUGACAGAAAUCCACCCCACUAAGCGUGGAGCCGAUUCAGGCUUCUCUGGCAGGUCGGGGCCCAUGGAGGAACAGCUGGGGGUAAUCACCACUGCCAUGGCGAUCAAUCCAGAACUAGUGCCGGAAUCCAUAACAAGCACAACUCAGAGCCAAAGGGUUAACUUCUCAAUAGCAGGAGAGCUGCCAGGCAAAGAGGAUAAAGAGGAUGACGACGCUUAUGAAGGUGGGGUUCCUUCAGGAGACAUUGACACAGAGUUGGCAGUCGUUUCUACGCCGUCCGCUAAGCAGCUAACACCAUCCACGCUGCAGAGCCCAGGCAUUCCCGAAGAAAGUGCCAAUAUUCCAACAUACACUGAAGACUGGAUGUCCAGCCCGAUGGACAGCCACAUCACCUUCCUUCCAGACUGCAAUAAGGAGCACUCCGGGAUCUGCAACCUCUCCGACACCUGGGACUCCACGACCCCCUCAGAUAUCAAGCAACCACAGAACACCACUGCCACAAACCAAUCAAUCAACCCCUUCCUGAUCCCAGCGCCUCCCAUGUUGGUGCCCCUGUACACUGACUGGAACAGUGCAAUGGCAGCUUGGGGCAUGGCAUGGGAGGCGCAUGUUUACGGCUCUGGCUGCGCCUUUGCAAUGCUAACACUAGCCUCAGCGCUGAAUCUGCUCUGUUUGCCACUACGAUGCCCAUCGGGAUGUGGCUACUUUGCCCUGGUGAGCCUUUUUCUACUUGCUGCUGGUUGUACCAGAUCUUUUUCACUCCUAUAUGAUGCCUACGGCCACCAGGACCGCUUACCCUCCACAGAAGCCUCAAUGAUGCUCUUCGAAGCCCCGUUUCCCUGCUUGACUGCAGCUUUCGGCCUUGUUUUCCUUCUUCUCUCCAUGCGUUCAAGAAUGCAGCUCUCCUACUCAGCCUUCCAGAGACCGUGUUUCCUGGCCUGCCUUGUUGUCCUGCACUUUGCCGCUGCAUUUGGACCAGUGACACUGCUAAAGCUCUACCAGCAAAAGCCUCCCCUUUGCCUCUUUCUUUCACUUCUCUCCCGUGGGGCCUUUGUCGCACUGGCCACAUUUUUGUCUGCUGCCUAUUUUGUGUUCUACAUCUACGUUCGAGCAGACUCAAAGCACAUCUACCACCUGAACAACACGUCUCCAACGCCUGCUGAGCGCUACAACCGCUGCCCCUUUGCAGAGAGCCGGGACUGGGACCGUGCAGCUGUGACCGUUUGUGUCUCAGCAUUGUUUUCUUUAGCAUGUGCGGGAUUGCAGUUAUAUGCAAUUCUCAAUGCUUUGGGAGUUGCAGGUGGGGAGGAGGUCUUCCACCCUUGGCCCUGGUGGGCUUUUCAAUUUAGUUGCAGGCUGUGCGAGCUUGGGGUUUGUCUCACUUUAGCCUUGGUGGUCGCACAACCAGUCUAUUGUUCUGACCACCUCCCAGCUGCAGGGAGCUGCUGGACAGAACUGCUGUCAACCAAGUCGCCCAUCCUGCCUGGGACCUACCAGUGGAACCUGAGCCAGCAUGAGAAGCUUGCCAUCGUCGAUACUGUUGGGCUUGGAGAGACGGAAAGCCUUCCUCUUUACACUCUGAUGGAUGAAAGGCUUGGUUGCAGUCUUAACGGCCUGGACCUCCUCUAUCACAGCAACAGGGGCUUGGCGUACCGAGACCUGGACUUGGAUAUGGACUUACAAGGUUCAGCGAAACCUGAGGAUGGAGGAGGCAGAGAUCCCUCAGGUGGAUCUUCGUUUACCAGUGACUCCACCACAGACCUGAGGCCACCUUCGCCCAUCAACCUGCGUCGCAGUAUAGACGAGGCACUCUUCAGUGAUUCCCUCUUUCCAAUGAGCCUCUUCAGCCCUACAAGGCCUAUACGAUGCAGUGAUCUAUCAAUGAACAACGUUGGUGCACUUCCCAGCAAUGGCCUCUGCGACCCGCUUACAUCUGACCCUGGCCUGUAUCGGACCUCUUCCUGUGUAGAGAUGACCUCUAUACCCAAACCCCCUCGUGUCCAAUCUCAAGGAGACACUGUUGUAGGUGCUCCACCAUCUCCCUCCCUAUCCUCAUCCUCCAGCUCUUCCUCUCCUGAACGUUGGAGAGACAGCUCUUCCUCCUGUUCUCUCUACAGAGCCUCUCUUGGAGGGUCCUCGCUGGUCCUCUGCCAGAGCCCAGAGAGACAUGCUCUACAGCUUCAGCAGCGAGGGGGUAAUGCUGAUCCACAGAGGAAUUAUCAAACACUGGGUGCAGCCUCUCAGGAGAGCCUGGACCUGGACAUGUCAUCUGAGGCAGACCGCUCCGUGCAGGAGGAGUUCAUCAGUGUUUGCAGACAAAUCGAUUCUUUAAGCAUCUGCAGUGAGACUAUUGAUCUAUAAAAGGAAAGUCUGGUCAAACUAGGAUUACACUGAGGACUUAUCAAGGAGGGUGCUCUGCACAGCAAGUUGACUGUCAGGUUUUUUUGGUAGGGCAUGGUAUCUUUGUACGCCACAAAAGACCUUUAGCUGCCAAAUAAAAGUUAUUUGAGGUUUGAGCUUUCUUAAGUGGUCAUUAGUGAAUGUCUGAGGGUCUAAGUGCCAAGAAUGUCAAAAGCCAAAAGGUAAUUUGUAACUUUUAAAUGUUGGAUAAUGGCUAUUGAAAUUUGAUACAGUCAAAAGAAUUGUAACAUUUUACUGAGUGGAGAUAAGAAAUUUGUACAAAUGUUUUUAUUGCAUUCAAACAUUCCAAUAGAUAGUACUGUGACUGAAUUAAGCACUUAUUUAAUACUACUGAAGUCAUACACUUUCAAACUCUGCCAAAAUCUGUCAUUACAUCUCAUGUUGGAUAGUAGGAUUAGAAUUAAGAUUAUCAAACUAUUAAUUCUCUAUAUCAACAUGCCACUAAUCUCACUUGCUUACAUCUUACUUACUCAUGGUUCAGCAGUGCCCUCUACUGGUAAAAGCACAGUAUUUACUUAUUCUCCUAAGUUAAUCACUGUUCGAUUGUGCUUCUGCUCACAGACAGUAACCUUUGUGACCGGCUUAGUAAUUUAUUUAUGUUCAUACAUAACAAUGCUGAAC